ACCCAGACUUAAAUCUACACUUUGUUAAAAAAAAAAAUUAAUAAAAACAAAAUGGAUAAGGUGAAGAUGAUACCUACCAAUGAUGGCGAACCAAGGGAUUAUCCGCUCGACGAGGAUUUUCAUCUGCUGCGCGAUCUGGGCGACUGUCACAAGGCGAAUCUGGCGGACAUCGAUAUCAUAGCGCGAACGACCACCAAAUGUCAGUUGGGAGGAGAGCAGAUGAUUUCGCCAGGCUAUCAGAGGUUAGGCCCUUCCUUGGAUCGAGUACCAGAUGAUGAGGAAACCGACUCACAGGAGGAGGAGAUGGAAAUACUGCCAUGCGGAAUGGGCGAGGAGGGCAUAACCACCGAUGAGGAGACAAAAACCCUGAUUACCAUUCAGGGUCUGGACGAGAUAUUGAAAAGAAUCGAUAUAUUGCGUAGUCAACUCCGCAGGAAUCAGCAAUUGGAGGAUAUUAGCCAACCAUCGGUAAUGCCAGAGGAUCCGAUCUCCUGCAGUGGCCUGAAUGCGAAGCAAUCGGAGAUACGGUGCAUUCAACGUGCCCAGCAUCACAUUCAGUGCCAACUAACCGAACUCCUGUGCCGCUACGAUGCCCUCCGGAAUAUGUUGCGCAGUUUGGGCGAAACGUGGACGUGUCUAGAGCGACGAAUUGCCGAUAUUCGGGGACAGAACCGCGUCCACUUGGCCUGGACUGAGGAGUGCGCCAACGAUCUAAGCAACUGCCAGCAGAGACAUCGCUCCUUGGCCGCCGUCAAGCUUACCAAAAAGAUGGCCCUGCUCGUGACCAAAACGAAUAUGUCCAGUGGCUUUCGCUAUAGCCGUCGAUAUCUACGACAUGCCCUGAUCGCUCGACAUAUCAACGACUUUCGCUACGAGAUCGCCGAGUUGAAGGUUUUAAGCGAGGAAAUUUUCUCCGAAAUCGAUGGGCGACUGGACCAGAUCAAGAUGAAGGCUCAACGAUUCGGAGUCGUAUUCUCGACCACGCCGCGUCAAUCCAAUCUAAUCGCCGAUGGAACUGGCAACACUGAGCUAACCGAGCUAACUGAUGCCACCGAAACGUUCACCGUUCCAAGGAGCAAUAAUCCAAAAUAACAAUUUCAAGGGCACAUAGAGAAAGCACAUUAUCAUUAGGAAAUAAAAUAGGAAAAUCAUUAAGUUAUAAUAAGAGCAAAGAAAAAUAAAUACAAAAAUGUAAAAUGC